GCCGAGGAAUCAUACUCGUGGUGGAGGAUAUUUCGAUUCGUACAUGGACCGAAGGGCGAGCACGGGUGCCAUCAUGACGCCUACCACUGGUUCUCUGUCUGCCAACAAGGAGAGUGUAGAGAUGACGGCUUCGUCGAGUGUGGAUUCGUGUGCGACGGUCACCCCUGACAAGGCCUCUCCCGCCAAUGGACCCGAGCCACCCAGUGUGCUCGUUACCGAAGAGAGCACCGAGGGGUCGUCCGAGAGCGAGAGCAAUAGCUCUGUUUCGUCCUCGUCCAUUAUCAUCUCGAGGGAUGGAGCGUUUUUGAAUGACGCUUUGAAUGAGCAGGCGCGCCCGCUCAGGUUCAAUUCGUACCCCAUGGAUCGCAGCCACCUCUCCACCACCUCGUCUUCUCCCGCUGCCACUCCCGCCACGACGACAAGUCCCGCGUCGUUGACGGUUCCUCAGCCGUCGUGGUUGAAUAGCCCGCAAGGAUCCAUGUCGAGUAUGACGAGCACGCCUUCGUUCACGUCUGCCUCGAGUCCUUCCCAGAGCCCAUCGUCUCCCUCCGAGUUGAGCGAUAGUGUAAAGAGCAUUCAGCAAGUUGCUGGUGGUCAAGCGGGUGUCAAUAGCUUUGACUAUAAUACCUUUUUGCAGAGGGAUGGUGCGGAUCGUCAUGGUGUGAGCAAUGCCUAUGGCAGCACGCACCACCGCCAUUCCUUGUCCGAAUCGACCUUGGACGGCCACCUUCCAUGGGAUAGUGUUCCUGCCGCCAACGCCAAGGAGGUGGACACGGUCAACGUGCAUGAUGGAUGGUCGGACGAGUCGGGCCACACAACUCCGACCCGUUCUUCUACGCCCCGCGGAAGUGGACUCGCCGAGCCGAUUGAUUUUGGCAAGCGCACUCCCCGAGCGGGAUCACCUGCCAUCUUUGGGGAGAACACGCCUCGCCAGGCUGAAUUU